AAAAAAAACGAAAAAAAGGACAAUGAAGAAGGAAGCGAUAUAACUAAAACACGACUGCAACGGGACAUCACUCUGAUAAUAUUUACUUUUUACCCCAGCCAGCACUCCUGCACAGCAACUCCAGCAAAAAGAACCUUUUUGUGUGUACUGUGUACAAGUACAAGUCUAGUGCACUAACAUAUAUACAUAAUGUACAUAGUGAAGGCCUGCAAAAUUCUAUCUAAUCCAGAGUAGUACCCAGUAGGGCUGGAUCCAAGCAGAUCGGGUCAGAUACUUUGUCUUCAAAACCACUCAUACUCCAAGCCCAACCACCACUGCCACUGUGCAGUUGUUCGCUCAGACCCAGUGUAAGAAAGGCCACCUUUAUUUGAUUGAGGACUAAUAACUGUGUGACUUGACCAAACGGCUGUGUUGACAGACCAUGACGAGUGGCCAGUACAUUGUGAUUGGAGGUGGCAUCGCUGGAGUGUCUUGUGUUGAAGCGCUAUCUUACUUGGACAAGGAUGCCAAAAUUACUCUGAUUUCUGCCUCUCCACUCAUCAAAACUGUUACAAAUUAUGUACAGCUCACACAAGUUGCUGAGACAUUUGAUGUGGAGGAAAAGCCGUUAUCUCAUGCCGAAGAAAACAGGGACAAUGUGACAGUUAUGCAGGCUGUUGUGGAGUCGUUAAACACUCAGGAUAAAACUCUAGUCACGUCAGAUGGUCAAACGGUCAGCUAUGACAAACUGUGUGUUUGUACUGGAGGAAAACCUAAGGUGAUAGCAUCAGAUAGUCCUGUAGUGGUGGGCAUUCGUGACACAGAGAGUGUAAAGGAUUUCCAGGUUAAGAUGAAGACCGCAAGAAGAAUUGUGAUCAUUGGAAAUGGUGGAAUAGCUACGGAGCUCGUGUAUGAGCUAGAGGGUUGUGAGGUCAUCUGGGCCAUCAAAGACAAAUCCAUCGCUCACACUUUUGUGGAUGCCGGGGCUGGAGAAUUCUUUAUGGAGCAUCUGAACAAAGAGAAGGACAAAAGUCCGGACGGGCCAUCCAAACGACUCAAGUACACCACCCAGGAAAGCCAAAUCUCCAAUGCAGGAGUGAUGGGUGGGGCUUUAGGACCGGACUGGGCUACUAAUGUGGACAUGCAUGGGUCACAAAAUAUCUCACACCGAGUCCACGUGGAGCACCAGGUGGAGGUGAGGCAGAUUUUGUCGCAGGAUGACCUUGACCGGCUUCAGGCCAGUGGAGAGAAACAGUCACUGUCUCCAGAGGGCUGGACAGAUCACCCUUCUUGGCCGGCCUACGUAGAACUGACCAACGGGAAAAUCUACGGCUGUGACUUGGUGGUCAGUGCCACAGGUGUGGUCCCCUUCACCGAUACCGUGUUGCCGGGCAACCACUUUGAGCUGGCUUCAGACGGUGGUCUCCGGGUCAACGACAAGAUGGAGACGUCACAGCCACAUGUGUUUGCUGCCGGGGAUGUUUGCACUGCAUGCUGGGAGCAUUCCCCUCAUUGGCUACAGAUGCGACUGUGGACCCAAGCACGUCAGAUGGGUUGUUAUGCGGCAAAGUGCAUGGUGGCAUCUCACUCAGGAGAGGAUGUUGUCAUGGAUUUCUGCUUCGAACUUUUCGCUCAUGUCACGACGUUUUUCCGAUUUAAGGUUGUUUUGUUAGGCAAGUUCAACGCUCAGGGACUUGGUGAUGACUUUGAAAUUUUGCUUCGAGUGUCCAAAGGUGAGGAAUAUGUCAAAGCCAUUCUUCAAAAUGGACGAUUGAUGGGAGCUAUCUUGAUAGGAGAAACAGACCUGGAGGAGACAUUUGAGAACUUGAUUCUGAAUGCGAUUGACUUGACGCCUUUCAAAGACAACUUAUUAGAGCCUGGUAUUGAUAUCGAGGACUUUUUUGACUGAGUUCUGAGAGAGAACUCUAUUGAUUCGCCUGUGAUAUUGUGUGCCUUCAGGUUCAUUUCUUCUCUGCUUUGUCACCAUUGUUUAGAAUUUCCCUUUGACUUUUUCCCCACUGUGAGCUGUAUUUUGGGGCAUGACUUGAUGACUUUCAAAAAUCUCGUCCUCUGCAGACUUUUAUAACAGACACAAACCACUGUUUUAUCUUCAGAGAACUAUUUUAUUUCUUUGAAAUGUCUGAUAAAAGCCCUCAUACCAACUGAUCCUCAGGAUGAACAAAUUAUAGGCCUACCCAUGCAAGACCGCGAACAGAUACAGAAUACUCCGGUGGUUCACUGCGAGCCCCCACCUGUGCCUCUACAACAACAGCCGUUAACUCCUCGAGUUGUGUUUACCUCAUGUCAGAUCCCGACGCGGAAGUCUCGCCAGCCUCUUUCUGUGGGUCCCCUCGGGUUGCCAAGUUGUCUGUUUGACGUUAGGUGCCAAAUUACACAUAAUACUACAUCUCCCUCCCUAAAGUAGUGGUGUCCCUUCACUAAAACUCUCAAUGUUUGUUGAGUGCCAAUGAAAUGUAAAUCUGGAUCUAGAUCUAUACACUUUGCACACUGUCUUGUUUGCACAAUAACUCAAAGGCGAUGAGGAAAUAAAAGUGGAAUGAAAAUGAAAAUAAAUGUUCAAAGACAAGACUCAGCUCUUGUGAGUUGUCCUUAUAUCUCUCCCUCAGAUGUUUUACAAGUCUAGCCUCUGAGGUGGCUUGAUGGUCCUCCCAAAGCUGCUGGUACUGGUAGCUCGAGGAGUUAACGGCUGUUGUUGUAGAGGCAUGGGUGGGGGCUCGCUGUGAACCACCGGAGUAUUCUGUAUCUGUUCGUGGUCUUGCAUGGGUAGGCUUAUAAUUUGUUCAUCUUGAGGAUCAGUUGGUAUGAGGGCUUUUCUGUUCCUCCGUGUUGGUGAAUCACUGUUGUCCGGCUGAAUGAUGUAUGAUCUCGGGCUAUGGUGUUGUUUGAUUACCUUUGCAUUCCGUCCCAUGUCUUUGACGUAGAUGUUGUCUCCAGGGUUCAAACUAAGCUGUGGCUUUCUGGCGAGGUGGCGCAUGUUGUGCUGCUUGUACAUGUCUUCUCUGUAGUUAUUCUCCCUUUCUUGGAGAAGCACUGGAUUUGGUGAUUGAGGGUGUAGCUUUUGUUCCAUGAUGGGCAAUUUUGUCUGCAAUUUCCGGCCCAUUAAAAGCUCACUGGGAGAAAAUUUGUUCAGAAGAGGAGUGGCCCUGUAAUUUAAAAGUGCAAUGUAGGGGUCAUCAGCCUUUUUCAAUAGAUUCUUAAGAGUUUCAAUGGCUCGCUCAAUCAUGACGUUACUUUGGGGAUAUCGGGGUGAGCUGGUAAUGUGGGUAAAACCGUAGUUUUGAGCAAAUUUUUGGAACUGCAUACUUGCAAAUUGGGGCCCAUUGUCUGAGACUAUGACAUCGGGUAUUCCAUGUGUCGCUAUGACUAUGAUGGAUUUCAGCUUGAUGAUCACAUGUCCACUUGACAGCUCUUCUAGUGUCCUUAUUUCUGGCCAUCGAGAAUAGUAAUCCGCUACUGCUGAAGUUACAUUCAAAGUGAGGCCUGCGUCUUGGAGACAUUUCAUCACCUCUCGUACUCGUUUGUCGUGAGUGUCUUUGUCUGGGGCAUGUAUGAUAAUGUCGUCGAUGUGACAUACUGUGCCAUCUUGUUCACAAAGAAUCUCUACCAUUGCGCGCUGGAAGACUUCUGAUGCUGAUGAAAUUCCAAAGGGUAGCCUAUUCAUGCAGAAUCGGCCAAAUGGAGUCAGGAAGGUAGUGUACUUUCGAGAUUCCUCUGAUAGCGGAAUUUGCCAGAAACCACCCGAUUUUGCAUCCAGUUUUGUGAAAAAUUUACUGCCUGCGAACUGUGCAAGGUCUUCCUCUACGGACCUCAAAGGAUGUUGAGAGCUGUUAAGUCGACACAUAUGUGAAUUGAACCGUCUUGUUUAGGGACGACUACCAUUCCUGCACACCAGUCUGUGGGGUCUGUUACCUUUGAAAUAACACCUUGAUCCAACAUCUGUUCUAGCUGUUUUUUUACCUUAAGCAAGAGGGGGUGGGCUAUUUUCCUAGGUGUGUAGAUGUGCGAUUGAUCUAUGUUUUCAUGCAGUUUAAUGGUGUAAGGUUCUUUCAACGUGCCCAGACCUGAGAAACGUUUGGGAAAUUCUCACUUGAAAUCUGGCUUCGGUUUUUCAAGUUCUUGUACUCUAGUGACUAAUCCCAACUUGACACAUGCAUCGCGGCCCAGGAGCGAGUGCUGUUGUCCUUUCACAAUAUACGUUUUCUCUACCACUCUCUUGUCUUUGUGACUCAAGGUCUUUGUUGUGUAGCCUAGAACAGUCACGUUUUGUGCUCCCGCAGCAUGGAGUAGUUUGUCUGGUCGUUUAAGUUCAUUGGGGGCAACAUUGAUGUCUUUUUCACCCAUGACUGUAACUGGAGCACCAGUGUCCAACUUGAAAGGGUGCAGAUGUCCAUCUAUCUGGAUCCCAACUGUCCAAUCGCUGUCGUCUGUGAGUUGGUGCACUUGUCCAAGAAACGCAUUAGGAGGUUUAUCUUCUGAGCCAGGAUGUAAAUCCAAGUUGACCUGCACCUCAGCCACCUGUUUGGACCUGGGCUCUAGUGUCUCUGAGGCUUGUUCAGUCCCUGAGCAACAAACCUUUUGGUAAUGUCCGAGUUUGUUUGUUGCAGGUGUUGUAACGUGCUGUACGAGCUGGACAUUGAGUCUGUGGGUGGUUGGAAUAGCCACAAAAUCGGCAGGAUGAAGUGAGCUUACUAGGUACGUGUUGGUGUUGAGAUUGCGUUUGUGCACUGGGAUAGGAGCGCUGAGGGUUGCGAUUCGUAAGUUGUCUUUGGUUUUGGUUCCAUUUCACUGCCUCUACGUCUGCUGUCAUGGAGUCUUGAAGAGCUUUGCCCUGGGUUGCGGCGUCCUCUGCAGAACGGCAGAUGUGUAUACAUUUUUCCAGUGUGAGUUGCCUUUCCUUUAGUAAGUCUGUGCGAGCCUGUUGGUCUUCAAUGCCCGUGACAAUUUUGUCUCGUAUCAAUGAGUCUCUGCAGUCGUUGCAAAUGUUGCAGCUUUUAGCAAGUCGUCUAAGAUCUGCCAGGAAUGUGUCGAAGGCUUCUCCGUGUGCUUGGUUUCUCUUAUUGAAUUUGAAACGUUCGUAAGUUUCAUUUUGUUCACCUAUGACGAACUCAUAGAAUUUUUUGAUAAUUUCUUGAAGUGAGCGGUCGCUUUCACCUGUAGUGAAUUGAAACCCAUUGUGGAUUCGGAGUGCUUCGUCAUCCAAGCUAUGGAGAAAGAGUGCAACUUGGAACCUUUGAUCUUAGUUUUCUAGACGUGAGAGGAGGGCAUAUGUAUUCCAUCUUUGCUUGAAUAACUUCCAGUUUUCUACUGGAUUAGACCCCAGGACCGGUUUGUCCGGUGGUUUGAUACCUGCAAUGACCGGUUUCGUGGUCUCCUCUUCGGCCAUCUCUGGGCUAGAUCUAGAUCACCGUUUACACACUAAUUACCUGAGUUAUUAAACAAUAAAUGUGCUCAGUCCUUCAGAAUAUCCCUAGAUCUCUAGAUCUUUAUUAUUUUGUCUAGAUGUUGCACGAUAUGUAUAGAUUGACAUUGAUUCUGGGUUCUUAGAGUAAAGGCUGCCACCAUGUUGUGUUUACCUCAUGUCCAGAUCCCGACCCGGAAGUCUCGCCAGCCUCUUUCUGUGGGUCCCCUCGGGUUGCCAAGUUGUCCGUUUGACGUUAGGUGCCAAAGUACACAUAAUACUACACAGAGUUUUAUGACAGAGACAAACCACUGUUUUAUCUUUAGAGAACUAUUUUAUUUCUUUGAAAUGUCUGAUAAAAAAAUGAUAAUAAUUUCCCUGUAUUUUGAUGUGUAACACUUGAGUUUCUUUGUAAAAUGUUGAAGUGGAUGAUUGGUGGGUGCUCUUGUGUGGUUUACUGCUUCUCUCCUUUCAAACGUCUAUUGUUGAUAUCUCUCCUUUUUCUUUGCUUUGAAUGUUACUCUGUAGUAACUCCUCUUAUCUUCAGCACUUUUAUCAUCUAUGUGUUGCAAGUGCGGUAAAACUCUCUCUAAAACUAAACAGGAAAAUUACGAGAAAUUAUCUUUUUUCUGGUUGCCAUCAGAAUAGAUAAAAUGGUCGCCAAAGGGGCUUGGUUACAAAGAGGAAAAUGGUUUGGUUGGGAAACAGUUAAUGUGGGACAAAUGACAGAACAAUUGUGUUCAUGCUACUGUUAUCACAAUUACCAUUAAAUAAGCAAUUUAUGAA